AUGUCGAGACGAAGAUCACCAGCUCACGACUGCCUCCUAAGUCCUCAACGAGCCAGACCUAUCCAAGACAUCUGUCUCUGUCCCAAUGUCUCAACAUCAUCUUCAUAUUUUACACCAGCACAUCCAUCGGCAGUCGGCAUUGGAUCUCCUCAUCCCUUCACUGGUGGUAGCGGCAUUAAACAUCGAGCCAGGUCCAGCAGAACAUCUUCUUUCGGUAACGACUGUCUAAGUCUUCAGGGUGUGUAUAUCAUGCCCAACGUCGCCGCAAUGACGCGCAUCGGAUCAAGACUGUUGUUCAAAACGAGUUCCCCAUCCAACGGGACAAUUACCAAUUCUACCUCCAACUUUAUCACAAGCGACUAUGACUCGAGCCGAUGUUAUCCUAGCUCUCAAGCUGCCUGGGCUUCUCAGACUCUCAACCCCGUUCCUGUCUCGAAGGGAUUUGGGUUCAGGUUUGAACAAGACGCAACGUGGGCAGAGCGAGCUAUGUGCAUCUUCGUUCUCACUCUUUUGCUGGCCGGCAUUCCACACGUCGCAUGGUUAGUAUCUCGCUUUCUGAAAUUCAACGGACGAGCGGCGUCGAUGAUAGUCACUGUCAGCUUGGUGUUUUUGGGAUCGGUCAGACGAUAUAGCCCGGAAGGCAUGGUGACGGCCGGAUAUGGAAAGCUUGGCCUUGUCGCUACUCAAUACUUCCUGGCGUUGAUCUUCGUCGUCAAACUGAUUGACUCGUGGGAUGAGUUCAUAGUUCCCGAGCGUUUAAAUGAAAAUGGGCCGGGGAAGAUUAGUGAAAAGAUUAAGAGUUGCUUGAGAAGCAGGGUCUCCUUCCGCGUCCACGGGGAAGUCCAAGGGGUUGGAUUCCGAUACUUUACGCAGAAGAAAGCAUCUUCUUACGGCUUGACUGGGUGGGUGAGGAAUACUGUCGAUAGCAAGGUCGAAGGCGAAGCCCAAGGCGAGGACGAGGUGCUGCAGCGCUUCAUGAAGGAUAUCGAUCAGGGCCCGACGCAUGCACGUGUGGCUCGGUUGGAGAAGAGCGAUGUUGAUCUCGUGGAUGGGGAGAGUGGGUUUGAAGUGAGGCGGUGA